AUGUCGACCUCGACCACCUCCAAGCUCAAAUACAUCAAGCCAGACGACGUCGCUCACCUCAUCCGCAACGGCGACACGGCCUCAUUCCUCGUCAUCGACGUGCGCUCGUCCGACUUUCCCGGCGGCAACCUGCCCGGCGCCCUCAACCUGCACACCGGCCACUUCCGCUCGGACCGAGACGUCGAGCGCGUCAUCCAGCAGCACAUCACGCCGCGCCUCCCCGCCCUGCGCACCGUCAUCCUCCACUGCAUGCGCUCCCAGACUCGCGGGCCCUACGCCGCCUCGCUCCUCCAGCGCUCGCCCGCCCUCCCGCCAAACCUCGACGUCGUCGUCCUCGAGGGCGGCUUCCAGGGCUGGCUCAGGCGGUACCGCGGCGACAAGCGGCUGUUUGAGAACUUGGACGAGGGCCAAGGCAGCGACGAGUGGGAGGACGUCGUCAAUGCGCCCGAGGGGAGCCGGCUCGAGGCCGACGACUCGAGGAGGCUGCGCGAGGGCAAGCAGCCCUGAGCUGGGCUUGUUGGACGAGGGCUGGCGCUCGAGGGCACGAGGUGUAGAUAGAGGAGCACGCAGCCUGCAGCGCUAGACUGGUUCUGGAGCAGGCC